AUGUCUGAUCGCACUCAUCCAGCAUCUUUUCAAGCAAGACCUCCUUCGCCUUCUUCGCCCGCCACGGGGUCUCUGAAAGAGAACCAUCGGCUGCCCAUUUCCUCGGACCACAUCCCUCAGACUCCGACAUCUCCUCCGUUGAUGUCGGUUAGCGAUCAGAACGAUGCCGCCAAUUUCACAUCUACGCAUACAUCACCGAAUCAGGCGACGGUCCACCCUCCGAACGAAUCCUCCCCUCCAUCCUCUGCGCCGAUGUCCACUCAAGCCUCUCAACAACAACCAAUGAGCUCAACAAACUCAUUUCCUACACCUGCCAGCAGUGUUAACGGCUAUCCUUUGAACGCGACGGGGGAUGACAAGGACGGGAGAAAAUCUUUCAAUAUGAACACACACGACGUGACAGAGAAUUCAUCAGAACACAACCACACCAACCACGAACGGCAGUCUUUGCCAAACAAUACAAACACAACUGGGCGAGGCCAGCAAAACUCGGAUCCUGACGCUAUGGAGGUUGAUACAGAGCCUGCUCGCGGAUUAGAUAUCAGUAACCUCGGGUUAGAUUCUCUUCAGAAGGAGCUGACAUCUGCUUUCCAUCUUUGCAAGAGCUCUCCCAUCGUGACUGGCCCCGAUCCGUCAGUGGAUCUCGUCUCCCUAUAUGGGUUAGGACCCAUUGCGCACUCGGUAGCACGACUGGACCCCGUCACUGGAGAAAAAAUCAAUCGUCUACGAAAGUCCUACGAGGGCAAACUGAAGGGAUUGGGACUCGCUGGUCGGAACAAACCCCUCAAGCAGGAACCUGGCGCGCCUGGUAGUCUCAGGCAUAUGACUCUUUGGCCCGAGGAAGAAUGGCAAAACCAGAAGGUGUUUGGCAAGCAGAUCAAGAGUUCAGACAUGGACAGCGCGUUACAAGGUCUUCAACUACGGGCUAUGCAAAUGGAGCCUGGUCAGAUCCCCAACAACGAUUUCUGGGAGGAUAUCCUCGGUCAUGAAAAGCCAGUCAAGCAGCCUGCUUCUAACGAACACAGCAAGAAGGCAGCUCCAACUCCAAGCGGUCGUCCCUUUAUGCAAUCCCAUGCCGCAUCUCCACAUCCACAACUACAAGAGGCAGAACGGCCGAGGCCCAGCAGAGGUCGUAAGAGGCAUUAUGAUGACAACAGUUUCGCUGGCUAUGGCGAAGGCUUCGUGGAUGAUGAAGAGGACCCCGGAUUCUAUUCGAACGGCGAGGGAGCUGGAAAGAAGAAACGCAAGAAGGACCAUGUCGCGAAGGUGUCAACCCCAAUGUCUAGCAGUGGUAGCUACGGGGUAGGCAUGUUUGGUAUCGGGGCCAGAUAA